AUGAAGAAAUCUGUAGCUCAGUGGCAGGCCCCUUCUCUACAUCGAAAAUCGAUUCUCGUCGUGACCAAGAUUGGAGGUUGCUCCAAAGUCCGCUCUGACCCCUGGAUGUUAAGCCGGGUAAGCCAAUUAGGCAAAACUUGUUCGAAGAAGGGACGCAAGUGCGGACAACAGGCUACGAUGAUUCCAGUGCUCAUCUGGGCAACUGACCACAUCAACGAGGUGCCCAUCCUGAACGUCCAAUCGGUCCCUUGCGAAGAUGGAUGCAAUGGCGACCUUAUGAGCAAGGCGAAAGUGCAGUCUCCAGACAACAUAGUGUGGCAUGAGCCAGGCCAAGGCAUCCAGAGCCACUCCGAGGGAGGCAAUGGCAAUGAUAGCAGGUCGAAGACUGAAGCAGUAUUUUGA